AUUCAAGCUCAAAGCGUGUAUCGCGAUUUUUAAGAUUGUGGCGUUUGAGUGGUCAGAGUUAUUCUUUUCAACACUUAUCCGUUCAGUCUGGUCGAGAAGAAUAACAGUAGUGUGAUAAACGUAUCCGCCUAAAACUGCAUCGAGCCAUAAAUAUUGAUUUUGAAGUUACAACUGUCCCGCAAAUGAAGACUCCUCUUUUUCCUGAAUCUGACGAACGUCACUUCAGUACCUUGGAACACUUUUCAUCUGAGUCAAAAAAUAUCUGUAAUUGGGAUAAUUACUUAUCAUUGGUCGAUUGUAAGAAUUUAGAAAAAGACCAGUUGUAUGGUGUACUUACCAUUAGAAAUUGGAUUCUUUCAGCAGACGAUGGUUUUCUUACAAAGAAUUUUCUUGAGUUACGCAAACGUUUACUUCGAAAAAUUCUCGAAAUCAUCUAUUGCUCUGAAGAUGGUGAUAUACCAGUCCCAGUAUCUACGAAAUUGUAUGAAUCCUUGAUAUGGUUGUAUUUCAAAACACCGGAACUAUGGAUACAUCCAUUAAAGUGGAUAGUGUACGCAUUUGUUUACGGUGCUUUUGAUUUUGACAUAACCGAUAAGUCAAUAUCAGAUGAAAGAAUACUAGACGGCAUAGAUAAGUCUACGUAUUCAAAACAAAUCAUAGAGAAUACAUUACGUCUUUUGUCGACUAUCAGUGAAGAUUUUACACCAGCCAAGCUGCCGCAUAGUGUUAAAUGCAUCAUUACACAGGCUAUUCAAUCAGAUGAAAGUUUAGUUCAAAAAAUACUCAUGCAAUUUGUAGGCAGAACACAGCAUGAAGAUGUUUGUGCUUUCGCUAUGCAUACAUGUGGAUUAUGGAUAGCUAGUUUUGUGACGAGUAGUUCAUCAGCUGCCGCUUAUUUACACCUUAUACACACUGUCUAUACCUCAAUGCAUUGUUCAGUGCGCCUGUAUUUAGCUGGAAUUAACUGUCUCAUCAAUAUAUUCGAAUCAGAUGGUGGGGGACUAAAUUCGGUUUGGGAAACGGCUGCUUUACUUGAUUUUCAUAUCUGUCAACUGGUGAAACUUAAGUCCACUCUACAAGAUCUUGUAGAAUUAUAUUCCGUGAAUUUACAAAAAUGUGGAAGAAUGAAUGAGUUGAAAAGUUAUGAACCGUUGGCUAAAACUGCAUUACUAUUUUCAAUAUUUACAGAUAAACAGAUGGAUUAUCUCAUGCAUAAACUUACCCUGUGCUUCAAUAAUAAUAAUAAUGCACAAAAUACUACAGAAACUAUUCGUGAACUAUUCAGCAUGCUAUUGUUAAUCUUUUCAUUGCCUGGCUCAUAUCCAUAUGAUGAAGAUGUCAGUGAUAUAGCCUUACAGAUAUGGUUAAAUGCACAAGAAGUGUCUAUCUCAUCGUCACCGAUGAUGCCAACGACGCUGGCAAGAAAUAACUCCUGCUUGUCGUCAUCUUCUCCUUCCACAUGGACCGCCAUCUCGCCGGCUAACUCUAAUGAUGAUAGUAGUCAAUUCAGUGAUGAUAUAAUCAAACUGAUGCAUAAAGAGUUUAAUCAACUUGCAUUUAAUAAAUCUCGCUAUCCAAAAGACGUUAAUUGUUACCUCAAUGUAUGGAAGUCGGAGGACCGGUGUCGGUGGUUGAAAUUUCGACAAGAGUUAAGCGAAUCUUUUCUUGCUGCAUUUCGAUAUUUAAAUAUAACUGAUUGGUAUACACAUGCCCAGGAUCAAUUCUCUUGGAUUGUAAAUAAUAGUACAAAUGAAGAAUUAUUAGUUAAUUGGCAGGAUAUUGAAGCUCUACUUUUUGUGUUGCUGUCAAUCAGUGAACAAGUCUUAUAUGAAAAUGCAUCUGGUGUGAUGGUGUUCAAAGAAUUUGCCAAGUCUAUAUCAAUUUCUUUGAUAAAAUUUAUGAAUAGAAUUCAACAGUUAAUUGCUUAUUAUGCAAUAAAUGAUACAAUGAGUGAAAAUCGAAUCAUUCAAGGGGGCAGUCAAAUAUACGCUUAUCAUCCACAAUGUUUAAUUUUAUUUAAAACGCUACUAUUAUGCUUUGAAAAGUAUUAUACAAUUGUACUCAGUGUACUGAGAUCAUCAGGACAGAAUGAAUGUCUUGAAUGUCUUCAUGUUAUAGUGAAUAUAUUGAUAUCUACUACUGAAGUAGUUGCUUACAAAGAUGAAGUGAUAAGUCUACGGCAUAGUGCACUUCAAAUUCUACAAACUAUGCUAGAGCAUAAAUCUCCCUUCUCUUUACAAUCAUCCAUAAGUUUAAUUGCCUCUGCAUUAGAACACUUGUACAGUCGAUCACGUCCACUGGAUCCAACAAGUUGUAAUUUAUUGUUUUAUUGUACUGGACUAUUAUUACGAUCACCGGAAAAUGCACCAUCUACAUUAUUGUCAUUACGAAAUAUUAUAUCAGAUCAUUUACAAUAUUUUGUAGAAUUAUGCACUCCAGGACAGAGUUCUACUGAAUUACGUCAAUUUUGUGUAUCAACAAGCGCGAAAUCGCCUCGUAGAGAAAAUUCCACUUUGGAUAAAUUUGAGCAUAUUGCAACUGUGAUGAAAAUCUUCACUCAAAUGUUUCGUGGUUAUACUGCUGUCGGAAAUGAGAUAACACAUAAACCAGUCCAUGGUGAGAUGUUAUCGAUUUUAAACAAAAUAUAUUUUUAUUCGAAAAACUCUCUGGAAAUAGCGUGUCCUCAUAUUCCUAAAUAUUUCAAACAGUACCACAAACUACUACGCAUGACUUUACGUAUAUUCACACAAGUCUAUGAAUCCGGUGAUAUUGAAGGGAUUAAAACUGUGACUAGUGAAUUAGUUCAAUGCAUUUUAAUGACAUUUAAUUAUCUAUUAAAUAAUUAUAAUGAUAUAUUCAAUGAUUCAGUAUUAAAAGCAGUUCAAUGCUUUCUUGAAUGGUUAUUCAAUAAUUAUCGGGAGAAUACAAUUGGUCAAGGUGUAUUAUUUCUAUACUAUGCUUACAGUUUACUAACACUUUUCUAUGAAAAAUUGGACGAAUUUCUAUGCAAACAAGCUAAACUAAUGGAUAACAAGGAUGUUUUACUAUUCAAUGUUUCAAUUGGCUAUACACCGGCCGAUUGUAUUCAUCAUCCGAUAUCACCUGUAAUCAUGGGAUUCACUGCCCAGUUGAUAACUAGUGAAAUUGAAGCCGUAAGCCGAUUUCUACGUGGUAUCAUCAGUUUUGAUUUUCGUAAGGAAGCUGCUGCUGCACCAUACUGUAAAAAUGUCUUUGACCUGAUUCACCAAAAUAUUGAUGUAGAAAAGGCUAUGAAAUUCUUGGAUAUAACAAUGACAUUAGCAUUCAGUGGGAUCAGUGUACCUGAAUGGACAACAGUGGAAUCAUGUCUACGCUUAGUAUGUGAUCUGUUAGCUAUAUUGAACAGGAAAAUCGAUAUUGGUGAAGUGCAUAUUUCACAUCGUUAUACAAUAAGUGAUCAAUUCUUAUUUGAAAUUAAUGCAUGCUUAUUACUUGUAUUGGCUAAGGGUGGUCUCCCACAACGACUAGCAACAAAAUAUGCUGAAUUGUAUGCCUCCCUAGCGAAAUUAUCACCAGACAGACAAUUUGCCCUACUCAAUCACAUUCUGGUGGCAGACAGUACUACUACUACUACUACUACCAUCAACUGUGAGGGGCAAAUUCCUCAUUGUAGUAAACUUAUUGAAAUUGUCAGACAAUCUAUUCCACAGAGUAUUAAUAUUGGAGAAAGAAAAAGCUUCAUCACUACUGUGUCAAGACCAUCGAUGCCUAUGCAGAGAAUUCGACAGAGUAUAUCCACCUUUGUGCAUUUAUUAUCUCAGAGAAAAUAAGAAGUGAAAGAGAAGAGAAGGAUUCAGAUGUGCCUUAUUUUUUUAUUAUCCCAU